UCGAAAAUUCGAAAAUGACAAAUUUCUGCAAGUGCGCGAUUUGAUUUGAUGUCUUGGUUUUAUUUAAAAUUUAAAAGAGGUUUUGAAAUUCGUUCUUCUCUUUGUUUGUUUUUGUAAAAAUAAUUGUUUUAAUUAAAGAAAUAAAAACAUAUUUCUAAACUUUCAUUGAAUUACUUAUCAUGGAGCGUUCUUUGGCAACAAUAACAACUGCUGAUAAUAUAGAGGAGGAAGAAGAAGAGUUGGGACAUCAAUUGAUCAAAUGUUUAGAAGGAAAUGGAAUAACAAGUAGCGAUAUAAAAAAGCUCGAAGAAGCUGGAUAUUUCACAGUGGAGUCGGUAGCAUUUGCCCCUAAAAAGUCCCUGAUCUGCAUUAAAGGUAUCUCAGAAGCUAAAGCUGACAAGCUCCUUGCUGAAGCCUCCAAACUUGUCCCAAUGGGCUUCACUACAGCCACUGUCUAUUUUCAAAAACGUUCUGAGAUCAUAAUGCUUACUACAGGCUCAAAAGAACUGGACAAGCUUCUUGGGGGAGGCAUCGAAACGGGCUCGAUCACUGAAUUAUUCGGUGAAUUUCGUUCGGGAAAGACUCAGUUAUGUCACACUCUGGCUGUUACUUGUCAGCUGCCAGUGAGCCAAAACGGUGGGGAAGGCAAAUGUCUUUAUAUCGAUACAGAAGGGACCUUUAGGCCUGAACGUUUGGGUUCGGUCGCCGAACGUUAUAAAUUGGUGAGGGAUGAAGUUUUUGACAAUGUGGCUUGUGCUCGAGCUUAUAACACUGACCAUCAGACGAAUUUGCUACAAGUAGCCGCAGCCAUGAUGGUGGAGUCCAGAUAUGCCCUGUUGAUUGUAGACAGUGCUACAGCAUUGUACAGGACAGACUAUGUCGGCAGAGGAGAGUUGGCUGCCAGGCAAAUGCAUUUAGGUAGAUUUUUAAGGUUGCUGCUUCGGCUGGCAGAUGAGUUUGGAGUUGCAGUGGUUAUUACAAACCAAGUGGUGGCGCAGGUUGAUGGUGGUACUUCGAUGUUUGCUGCCGAUCCAAAGAAACCCAUUGGAGGCAAUAUAAUUGCACAUGCGUCCACGACUCGUUUGUAUCUGCGCAAAGGACGGGGAGAGACGAGAAUAUGUAAAAUAUACGAUUCACCAUGUUUACCAGAGUCUGAAGCCAUGUUCACCAUCCAAGGUGAUGGUAUUGGAGAUGUUCAAGAAUGAAAGUUGAACUUGGACUUGGCGCUUGGCAAAAGAUUGAUAACUUUUUUAUACCCACAUCAUUUUGUUAAUGAAUAAGAUAUUUUAUUUUAGAUUUAAUCAUUGAUAUCCUUUUAUAUUUGUAGUUCAGGAAUUUUGUAUUCAUUACAUAUAC